GAGAGAGGGAGAGCAUCAUGGCGCUGAUUCCAUCGCAGGUCCUCCGGGUCGCCAUCCUGCUGUCUUAUUUCUCCAUCCUCUGCCAUUACAAAGCCAUAGACAUGCCGGCGCACCAGACCUACGGCGGCAGCUGGAAGUUCCUGCCCUUCAUCGACCUGGUGAUCCAGGCGGUGUUUUUCGGCGUGUGCGUCCUGACCGAUCUGUCCAGCCUGCUGACCAAAGGAGGCGACAGCAGGGAGCAGGAGCGGCAGCUGAGGAAGCUGAUUGGCCUGCGGGACUGGAUGAUGGCCGUGCUGGCCUUUCCUGUCGGGGUGUUUGUGGUGACCAUGUUCUGGGCUCUCUACCUGUACGACAGAGACCUGGUUUACCCCAGACUGCUGGACAACUUCAUCCCUCAGUGGCUCAACCACGGCAUGCACACCACCGUUCUUCCGUUCAUCAUCAUCGAAAUGCGGACCACCCACCAUCGGUAUCCCAGCAGGCCGUGCGGUCUGGUGGCGGUGUGCUGCUUCGGCGUGGGAUACGUCCUCUGGAUGUGCUGGGUGCACCAGGUGACGGGUGUGUGGGUUUACCCCCUGCUGGAGCGGAUCGGCCCGCUGGCCCGAGCGCUCUUCUUCUGCGCCCUGACCGUCCUGCUGUCCGUUUACUACGUCCUGGGAGAAAUCCUCAACAGCUACAUCUGGGACCAGCAGUACAAAGGUCUGCAGUACCAGGAGUCCAUGACCUCCUAUGACACCAAACUUCCCACUGACCACCAGUCAGCCACCGUCCAGCCUCCAGGCGUCCCGGACCUCCAGGCGUUGGUUCGAGUCAGGCAGAUUUGGGGAGGGCACGUUCUCUGGACCUUUCCAGGGGUCCGGCCAUUUGUGUGGACGGGCCUGCAGAGCCAGGUGACCCAAAUGACCGACUGUGUUUCAGCUGUAAAUGAGAAGAUGAGCAAGAACUUCCUAAAGCGAAAAGACCCAGACACUUCCAGUUGGAAGUUCUUGCUCAUCUUCUCGUUUACGGCUGAAACACAGUCGGUCAUUUGGGUCACCUGGCUCUGCAGGCCCGUCCACAGAAACGUCUGGACCCCUGGAAAGGUCCAGAGAACGGGCCCUCCCUACAUCUGCCUGACUCGAACCAACACAUGGAGGCUGGAGGCGGUCAGUAGGAGGUUUGGUGUCACAGGAGGUCAUGGACUCCUGGUACCGUGGUCCCAGGUGUUCCAGGGGCGCGACACCCAGCUGGAGUACCAGAAGAACAUGAUUUAUCACGUCAGAGCUCUGAACGUCCAAGUGAAGACGAGUAUCUGA